UGUCCACAAAAUCAGCUGCGAAGGCUGGGCGGGGCUUCAGUGACGUACCAGGAAACGUGUUCCACGCGUGUUGUCGGUCCCCGUGUGUUCUGAGAGUUUCACGGUGUGCUGAUGAUGUCAUCAGCAGAUGACCAGCUGUGUCUGAACAUCAGCAGCAGUUUUUCUUCUUCUUCUUCUUCCAGCAGAAGGAAACCUCUGACUGCUCAGCAGAGAUGGGCUCAGAAGAAGCAGAAAGCAGAGAAGAGGAGGUUCAACUCCUCCUCAGAGGAGAGACGCUCCUUCAAACAGAGGAGGAGGACCGACACCGUAGAGGAGAAGGAGGAAGAGGAGGAAGAGGAGGUGAAGACUGAAGCUCCUCCUCCUGCAGACGCUCAGAAGAAGAAGAAGAAGCAGAAGAAGAUGGAGGGAGAGAAGAGGAAAGAGAGGGACGGAGAGAAAGAAACAGGAAGGAGCUCCAUCAAGACUUCCUCUCUGUUCAAACACAACCCAGAUAUCCCAGACAUCCACAGACCAGAUGUCUCUCAGUUGAAGGAGAAGAUUUUCACCACUGACUCGUUUUCAGAGCUGGAGCUGCACCCUCACCUGGUGGCGACACUGAACAAAGUCCUGAAUGUUUCCACACUGACCAGUGUUCAGAAACAGACUAUUCCUGUUCUUCUGUCUGGACGAGACGCUGUCGUUCGAUCUCAGACGGGUUCAGGGAAGACGCUGUGCUACGCUGUCCCGCUGGUUCAGAGUCUGCAGUCGGUGCAGCCGAAGGUCAAACGUUCAGACGGACCUCUGGCCGUCAUCAUCGUCCCCACCAGAGAGUUGGCCCAGCAGACCUUCCAGACGUUCCAGAAGCUUGUGAAGCCGUUUACCUGGAUCGUCCCAGGUGUGCUGAUGGGAGGAGAGAAGAGGAAGGCAGAGAAGGCCAGGCUCCGUAAAGGCAUCAACAUCCUGGUCUCAACUCCUGGACGUCUGGUGGAUCAUAUCAAAAACACCCUGAGCAUCGCCUUCAGCGCCGUCCGCUGGCUGAUCCUGGACGAGGCUGACCGGAUAUUGGACUUGGGUUUUGAGAAGGAUCUUACCGUCAUAUUAAACAGUCUGAACUCCACCGGACCGAGCAGACAGAACGUCCUGUUGUCUGCUACACUAACACACGGUGUGACUCGGUUAGCAGAUGUUUGUCUGAACGACCCAGUCAGCAUCCACGUGUCUGGCCCCGCCUCCUCUGACCUCACCGCCAUCACUGCUGUGACCUCUGACCCCAGCCCAGCCGGCCAAUCAGAGAGCUUUGCCGUACCAGAGGCCUUGAAGCAGUUUGUAGUGGUGGUUCCCAGUAAGAUCAGACUGGUGUGUCUGGCUGCUUUCAUACUGGACAAGUGUAAGUUCUCUCAGGACAACAAACUCAUCGUCUUUGUCUCGAGCUGCGAGGCCGUCGAGUUCCUCCACUCUCUCUUCACCUCUGUCCUCUGCGGGCCUUCGGCCAAUCAAAAGCGUCCACUCGAGUUCCUGCGUCUCCAUGGUAACAUGAAACAAGAGGAGCGCUCAGAGGUGUUCCAGCAGUUUUCGGUGUCUCGGUCUGGAGUCCUGCUGUGUACGGAUGUUGCAGCCAGAGGUCUGGACCUUCCUCAGGUCACCUGGAUCGUUCAGUACACUCCUCCGACAGCAGCAGCAGAGUACGUCCACCGUGUCGGUCGGACGGCUCGAAUCGGAGGACAAGGAAGUGGCCUCCUCUUCCUCACUCCUGCUGAGACCGCCUUCAUCACUGAGCUGGCCAAUCACAACAUCAGCCUAUCAGAGAUGAAGCUCUUGGACAUCCUGUCCAGUCUGAUGAUUGACGACACCUACAAGGGGCGGGGCAAAUACCACAGCAAGAGUUCAUCCAAAGCUCUGGAGCAGGAGACCAGAGAGAGAGCGACCGUCCUGCAGACCGAGUUCGAGAACUUUGUUCACGCCAACACACAAUCAGUGCAGACGGCCAAGAAAGCGCUGCAGUCCUUCCUGCGGGCCUACACCACCUACCCAGCUAACCUCAAACAGAUCUUCCACAUCCGCUUCCUCCACCUGGGACACACCGCCAAGAGCUUCGGCCUGAGAGAUGCUCCGCAGGGCCUGAGCGCUGCCACGGGCCAGAACCAGAACCAGACCAAGAACCACAAGAAGAACCAGAACAAGUUAAACAGCAGUCAGACCGCUGGAGAGAAGAGGAUUUCUCCUGGUCAGAGGGAGGCCAGUCUGUUCCGUUCUGAAUUCUCCAGCGGGUUGGAGGGAGGAGACGCCAAGAAGAAGAAGAAGAAGAGAAAGAAGACAUUUGAUCAGUCAGGAGAGGAAGAGGAGGAGGAGUAAAUGAGGAAGAGGAGGAGGAGUAAAGGAGGAGUGCUGCUGAGCGAGGUGUCGACCUCCACACAGCUCACAGACAUUUAGUUCUCUGCUGUCAAUCCUCAGUUUUCAGCCUCGCUACAGGACUUCCCUUCGUCUUGUUGGCGUUCCCGCCGGCUGUGAGCGUUCACGUAGAGACGACGGACGAUUGAUCAGCAACUAUGUUGAUAAACGAUUGUCUCAGUAAUUAUUUUUGCUUUUCAGUAUCACACGUGACAGUAAACUGAAUAUUUGGGGUUUUGGUUGGACAAAACAAGAGAUUUGAAGACGUCACCAUGAACUCUAAGAAGUUAUAAUAUUAUUUGCUGUAACAAAUUUUAGCAGUUUUUCCACAACAUGUUAUAAAUAAAAUGAUUGAUUGAAUAAUGAAAAUAAUCGUUGAAGCUCAAACACUGAGGACAAACGUCUGAAUCUGAGGCCUGAAAUGGUCUCAAUACGGUCAAAUAAAUAUAGAAAUAUGUCUUUAAAAUGUAUCAGACUUGAUGUUGGUGACAAAUGAAAGAACGUCUAACUGAUAUUAACUCAGUAUGAACAUGUGAUCUCAGUAUGAACAUGUGAUCUCAGUAUGAUCACAUGUUCAUACUGAGAUCACAUGUUCACACUGAGAUCACAUGUUCAUACUGGACUGUUUAUACAAAGAGUUUCAUGUUGUUCUCAGAGCUGCAGCCGACGUUCUACUGUAGCUCUGCUGUAGUUCUACUGUAGCUCUGCUGUAGUUCUGCUGUAGUUC